GGAUCUGCGACUCUUCUCUCGGUUCACUCUUUUGUUGCUCAUUUCCUCUCUCCUCUGGCGUCCCCGUCCAAUGGCGACGGCGUUAGGGUUUCGAUCUCUGGUUUUCAUCGCUCUAGUUAGCCUCUCGAUCGUCUCCGCCGAGGUUUUUUUCGAGGAGCGUUUCGAUGAUGGAUGGGAAAAACGAUGGGUUAAAUCAGACUGGAAGAAAGACGAGAACAUGGCUGGUGAAUGGAAUUACACAUCCGGGAAGUGGAGUGGAGACCCAAAUGACAAAGGUAUCCAGACAAGUGAAGACUACAGAUUCUUCGCUAUUUCUGCUGAGAUACCUGAGUUCAGCAACAAGGACAAAACUUUAGUUUUCCAAUUCUCUGUUAAGCAUGAGCAGAAACUUGACUGUGGUGGUGGAUACAUGAAGCUGCUCAGCGGUGAGGUUGAUCAGAAGAAAUUUGGUGGCGAGACACCUUACAGCAUCAUGUUUGGCCCUGACAUCUGUGGCUAUUCUACCAAGAAGGUUCAUGCAAUUCUUACACGUAAUGGAAAAAACCAUCUUAUCAAAAAGGACAUCCCGUGUGAGACUGACCAGUUGAGUCACGUUUAUACUUUCAUCAUUCGGCCUGAUGCUACAUACAGUGUCCUAAUUGACAACAAUGAGAAGCAAACCGGUAGCCUGUACGCCGAUUGGGAUAUCCUUCCACCAAAGAAAAUCAAGGACCCUGAAGCAAAAAAGCCUGAGGACUGGGAUGAUAAGGAAUAUAUUCCAGAUCCUGAAGAUAAGAAACCUGAGGGGUAUGAUGACAUCCCCAAGGAGAUCCCAGAUCCUGAUGCCAAAAAGCCGGAAGACUGGGAUGACGAGGAGGAUGGUGAAUGGACUGCCCCGACUAUUCCAAACCCUGAAUACAAGGGACCAUGGAAGCCCAAGAAAAUCAAGAACCCUAACUACAAGGGGAAGUGGAAGGCACCAAUGAUUGACAAUCCUGACUUCAAGGAUGAUCCGGACAUCUAUGUGUUUCCCAACUUGAAAUAUGUUGCGAUUGAGUUGUGGCAGGUCAAAUCAGGAACCCUGUUCGAUAAUGUAUUGGUUACUGACGAUCCUGAAUAUGCAUUGAAGUUUGCUGAGGAGACAUGGGGAAAGCUAAAGGAUGGUGAGAAAGCUGCAUUCGAUGAGGCAGAGAAGAGGCGGGAAGCAGAGGAAUCAGCAGCUGAGCCCGGUGAAUCUUCUGACGACGAGAAAGAAGAGGCGGAUGAGCCUGAUGAAGCUGACAUUGAGGAGCCAGAGGAUGACAAACAUGACGAACUAUAGAGCCACCGGCAGCGGCACCUGCUUUUGACAUUGGCAGUUACUCAUUUUUUCUUUUCCUAAUCGUAGAAGAACCCAAUCAUAUUUUGGUAGAUUCGAGAAACUUUUCUUUAGAGCUUUUUUAGCUUAUGUGAGCCCCAAGAAAAAAAUGGUUGCACAAACUUUGAAUUUGUAAGACUGAUGAGGCCGCAGGCCCUCUUUUUUGGUUCCCAUUUCAAGAGAGAAAAUUGGAAAGAAAUAAGUAAUCGUUCCUUCUCUCUUUCUCA